AUGGGCGUGCACAGCAGCCCUAGCCCUGACAGACUGGGCAAAAACCCACGAUACCAGCGCCAGCCUAGGCGUAAAACAAGGGAAGAUCGGUACGAGCCUAGAACAGCGCGAAGACCCAGCAAGACCCAUCGUCGGGGAAAACGGCUGGAAUCUGGCCGGAAAUCCGGAAGCACAGCCAUCAAAGAUAAUUUUAAACCUCCAAAUAUUUCUCAAGAGCGGCUUACGCUUAGCGCAGUUGCUGGUGGCCUCUUUAGACGCGGUCGAGCUUCGUCUCCGGUUAUACGAAAUGAACUUCCAGACCUCUCUUUCCCCGAGCUUAACUUCCUCUCUUCUCACUCAAAGACUCGCCAUGACUCAAUACCCCACUGCGCAGACUUGGACAAAAGGAAUCCGUUACAUCCAGGUCAGCAGAACACUAUCUCGAAGUAUUUUUCACCUUCGCAGCCAAAAGCCCCACAGCGUACUGUCUAUAAGCAGUUAAGGAACCCGAUAUCUAUCAAAAAUAAAGCGCCACUAUGUUCAAUAACGGAUCCUGGACACUCCGUCUCUCCCACUAGUUGGAGCAAACAAAGACCUCGAAAUCCCAAUUUAAGCAGGAAAAGGGCCUUAUCAGAGGUUGGGAGCAGUAUUGCUGGAAGCGAGCAGUCUACUACAUACUAUACGUGUUCUAAGACAAACUCAAAAAUUCCAUCAAGUGAUUCCAAAGAGCCUUGCCAGGCAGGCGGCGUCUCUGGACAGCUUAGGCGUCCUAUCAGCGCGGGCUCCUCCCAAAUGGACUCAAAAGUGCAAGAUAUGCUGUUUCAUAACGCAUACAUUUCUAACACUGUUGAACACACUGGAACACACCCACAAAAGUCAUACUCUCUCGAAGGUUUACUUCGAAAAGCGGCAGAAACAUCUCCAAUACCAUAUCAGACCAAUAUAUCCCCCUCUUCUUCCCACCCUCCCAGCGCUAUUCGCGUGCAAGCUCAACUGCACCGUAAUCAACAUUCAAAGUCAAGGAAGACAUUGACCCAAGAGCCAUCCUGGCGGAAAUGUUACCGUUCAGGCAAGGCCGGCAAGAGGGGAGCGAAUAUACUCUCAUCUCCAAAGUGUUCUCAUGAAGAACUUCCCCCUUCAUCAAAGGAAACAGAGAUCAAGAGGCGGGCCAGCUUGGGCCAAAUAUCAAAUCGCCCUUGGCCAAGUGUGGAGGAUAUACCCCGCCCAGCUAUUUAUGGUUGCCUGCCUGAUUAUGGCUAUGCCAGCCAUCUUACAAUACCACGCCCACGACACCGUCCACCUCGCCGUGGUUCUUAUGCCUCAGACCGUGAGGCGGGCAAUGAUAAUGUCCUACGUUCUUUGAACCAGCGCAGCCAGAAAUUGCUCGCAUGUCAAAGCUCCAACCUAACGCUCGCAGAGAGUCCUGGUACGCCACUGAAAGUCCCUUCACUGCAAUUGGCAGGCUAUUCCGCUGCAUUCAGCCGUCAGUAUCGACUUUAUGGCUCCCCGCCGCCUUUUAAUCUACCAAAGAAACCUCCGUCUGAAGCGAUAGACCUAGACUCUUUAUCUUCUUGGGGAGAUAGCUCAAUACAUCUGCUGGAUGGUGAAACUCAAAGUUUGAGGACUCCGUCUGAGCCUGACGGGGAUCUUCCAUGUACGCCACCAUCCCAGCUGAGGACGCCUUCUCCAUUACAGCCAACAGAUCCAGCCACCCCUGGUAACCAAAAUAUACAAACUGACAUUGAAGAUCAAAACUUUGAACCAUCGAGCUUCUGGAAACCUAAUAAGCUCUAUUAA